CCUCUUUCCCUCCACUCAUCGAAGACGAUUUUUCCUAUUAUUACCCCUUCUUCCAGGACGUCAUCCCGCCCGCCCUUCCUUCCUCGCCCGCUCUCCCUGAGAUGCUUCCCCAUCGCGGCUGCCGUCCACUCGCCGACGACGCCGAUGAAUCUGCCGGCAAUCGCCGGAGGAGAAAGAAGCGCAACAUCGCUCGGCUGAUCACCUCCCUCGCUGCCCUCGACGCCCAGGAGGAAUCCGAUCGGAGGGAAUUGGAAGACGACCUCUACCUCCUCCGUGCCAACCACGAGAAGAAGGCCGCCACGUUACUAGACUACUACUUCCGCUUCCAGGACCAUUACUCUGAUCUAGAUGCCGAUGAUUCCCUCCGAACGACCAAAGACAGCACGGCGGCGUCUGCAGCCGCCGCCGCCGCCGCUGCUUUGGCCGAUGCUGCCUAUGUUGGUGAUCCGGCGCCGCAUCAGCAUCAGCGACGGCUGUGGGUUAAGGAUCGGUCGAGGGCGUGGUGGGAACGGUGCAGUCACCCUGACUUUCCAGAGGAAGAGUUCCGACGCGCGUUCCGGAUGGGGCGGACCACGUUCGACAUGAUCUGCGAAGGUCUCGGUGCGGCGGUGGCCAAGGAGGACACGACGCUCCGCGCGGCGAUCCCGGUGCGUCAGCGCGUUGCGGUCUGUAUUUGGCGGCUGGCCACAGGAGAACCGCUUCGGCUUGUUUCAAAGCGAUUCGGCCUUGGCAUCUCCACUUGCCACAAACUGGUCCUUGAGGUUUGCUCUGCCAUUCGCUCCGUUCUUAUGCCGCGAUACCUUCGGUGGCCGGAUUUGGCAUCCGCCGCCGCCAUCAAGGCCCGAUUCGAGGCCGUCUCCGGUAUCCCCAACGUUCUGGGAUCGAUGUACACCACCCACAUCCCUAUCAUUGCCCCUAAAAUAAGCGUCGCCGCAUACUACAACCGCCGUCACACGGAGCGCAACCAGAAGACUUCCUACUCCAUCACUGUACAGGGAGUGGUCGAUCCUGACGGCGUAUUCACCGACGUCUGCAUCGGCUGGCCGGGUUCCAUGCCUGACGACCAGGUGCUCGAGAAGUCGGCGCUCUAUCACCGCGCCGAGGAGAAAGGGAUGCUCAGGAACGCGUGGAUUGUGGGAAGCUCCGGCCAUCCAUUGCUCGAUUGGGUUCUUGUGCCCUACACACAGCAGAAUCUCACGUGGACCAAGCAUGCCUUUAAUGAGAAGAUUGGGGAAGUGCAGCGGAUUGCCCGCGAGGCGUUUGCUAGAUUGAAGGGUCGGUGGAGCUGUCUGCAAAAGCGGACGGAAGUGAAGCUGCAAGACCUGCCGGUAGUUCUCGGCGCCUGUUGCGUCCUUCAUAAUAUAUGUGAGAUGAGUAAGGAGGAAAUGUACCACGAAUUCAAUUAUGAGCUUGUGGAUGAUGAGAUGGUGCCAGACAACGGUAUCCGUUCAGAGAGUUCGAUGCAAGCCCGAGACAACAUCGCCCACAAUUUGCUUCACCAAGGGCUCGGUGGCACCACUUUCUUCUAGGUUAGCAAACUCGAAAUGCAAUCCUAGAUUUUUCUUGUUUAGUAUGAAAUUACUGUACCAAGUAGGAACCUAGCUGUUUCCGAUGUUGCGAAUGAUAGUUUCUGAAAAAAUUGUAUAGAUUUAUAGAAAUAUUGAUUAGAGAGAUGUAAGUAUGUUGAUCGAGAUUUUUGCAGGUUUUUGUUUACCCUUAUUUAUUGCUUCUUGUAAGUUUUGAAUACUGUCUUACUUAAAGAAUACGAGGUUCUUUGGCUCUCUUUUUAA